UGGCAGACGCGCCUUUUCUGGAUCCCUCCUACUUAAGCCUUAGUACCUCCUUCCAUCUCAGCUCCCGAUAUCAGCAAUGUCGUCAAAGGAUGGGAUCGACAGACUUUUCGAGGCUCUAGACCAAUAUCCUCCAGAGGUGCUAGUCUUUUCAGCAUUUGCCUUUGGUGCAGCAACGACCUUUGGUGGUCGACGAGUUUAUACACGAUAUUUCCGGCGAAUUCAGAAUGGUGAUUGGGUCACUCCUGAUAUGCUAACAAGGAAACGCUGGGUGAAGGGUGUUGUGACUAGUGUAGGAGAUUCUGAUAAUUUUCGUCUCUACCAUACUCCUGCCUUUGGAUGGAGAUGGCCUAUCAAGUUGAGGCGCGUGCCGACUACCGCGAAAGACUUGAAAGACAAGACACUCCAUAUACGAAUUGGCGGUGUCGAUGCCCCCGAGGCGGGACACUUUGGCCGGCCAGCGCAGCCAUACGCGGAGGAGAGUUUGGCGUUCUUGAAAGAGAAGGUGUUCGGGAAGACCGUGUAUUGUCAGCUAUCGAGGCGUGAUCAGUACGCUCGCAUUGUAUCCACCGUCCUUUUGCCACCGAGAAUAUUACCAGGCUCUCUUUUCUAUGGGAAGAGCCUAUCGUUGGAGAUGUUAAAGCAUGGUUGGGUGACAACAUAUAUGCAGUCAGGCGCUGAAUACGGCAAAUGGAGCAAAGAAGAAUUCCUCCGAGUAGAAAGCGAAGCCAAAGCAGCUCGUAGAGGAAUGUGGAAGAAGGGUGUGAAAGGAGAGUCUCCCGCUGAAUACAAACGCCGAUACGCUGACGUUGAAACCGCGAAGCCUCCAAGAUGACUGCUUCGCCUUCAAGUCCUAUAGUGUCAUAACUGUGUUAUAAUACAAUACAUACUUAAUAAAUCAGGC